GAGACUACAAAGAGAAAUCCUGAAGUAAAAUUUCGUCUCAGUCAUCAAUCAUCAUAGCUCCCGACGAGUUGACGUAUAGCCAUUGAAAAUUUUCAGUAAUUUUUUUGUGAAAACUCAAUUCUAAAAACAUAAAAAAUGGUACUCGAUGAAGAACAUCCCGUUUAUGGCCCAUUUUUCGGUGUGAUGGGAGCUGCAGCUGCAAUCAUUUUCAGCGCGCUCGGAGCUGCAUAUGGAACCGCUAAAUCAGGAACAGGAAUUGCAGCGAUGAGUGUCAUGAGACCCGAACUGAUUAUGAAAUCUAUCAUUCCUGUGGUCAUGGCUGGUAUUAUUGCUAUCUACGGAUUAGUUGUUGCUGUCCUUAUUGCUGGAGCUCUUGAAACACCCGACAAAUACGAAUUAUACAAGGGAUUCAUUCAUCUCGGAGCUGGCCUUUCCGUUGGUUUCUCAGGAUUAGCUGCUGGUUUUGCUAUUGGUAUUGUGGGUGAUGCUGGUGUGAGAGGAACAGCUCAACAACCACGAUUAUUCGUCGGUAUGAUUUUGAUCUUGAUUUUCGCCGAAGUAUUGGGUCUUUAUGGCUUGAUUGUGGCCAUUUACUUAUACACCAAACAAUAAACAAAAAUAAACAAGUGUUUUUGCGAUAAUCUUAACUUUAAAUUCAUCAUUAAAAAACUUUUUUGUUUUGUUUAAAAAUGUAAAAUUAUAAUUUUCAAUUCAAAAUUCGUGGAUUUUUUACAAGUCUCAAAUUUCAAAGCAUAGCCUGCGGUUGAUCAGAAGAAUCGCACAAAUCCAAUCCACAUUUUAAGCUAUGAUUAAAAAAUUGAUGUUUGUAAAUGAAUGCGCUGAUUAGGAAUUUGUCUAUAAAAUCUAUGAUAGUAAUUCUUUCUCGUUUAAGUUUUAAAAAGUUUACGGAUUCUUAAACUAUUCAAAAUUGAUGCUGUUUUGGGUAGUUUUUCAUGAACCAUCAAACUCAAACUUUAUCCAUAGAAAGAAUUACUUGACAAAAUUCAAUUAGUUAAUUAUCAAUCAAGUCUUAUAUAUAAAACAAAAAUAUAUCUAUGAAAUAUUACAUGCAUAAUUACAUUAAAAUUCAUAUUAAAAAAUGGUAUCAUUGAAAUAUCAAAUUGUUGUCGCAUUGAAGAGGACUACCAUUAAUUUUAUGUGUAAAUUUGAUAAGUUCUGAAAGCUAAGAGAAAAAUUUCAAUCAAUAUUAGAAUAAUGAAACAAGAUGAAGAGUAUCCUUAAGAGACAUGCAUAUUUGUGAUUUUUGUUUCCUCAAAAAUAUAUAUUCAAUAGAAAUAAUCGAGAAUCAAGGUAAACAUCAGGAUUUUGUUAUGAUUUUCAUUCAGAUUGUACCAUCGAAAAGAUUAAGUUUCAAUUUAUUCAUGAAAGAAAUUAUCUUAUGUAUGCUAAAAACGUCGAGAAACCAAGAACAUUAAACGUUUAUUUGUACAUUCCCGUAAGUUGGAAA